AUGUCUAACUGUCGUGAAGAACAUGAGCAUGGUGGCGAUCAUCAUCAUAACCAUGAGCAUGACCACACAGACGACAUAGUGCCCACUAUACAUCAUAGCUUAUAUCAGCAUAUCAUUUUCGACCAAAUCACCACGUUGAACGAGGCGCAAGGGGAUUCCGGCAGGAAAAUCAUUGAGAAGACAUGGGCUGAGAGUGAUCAGCUGGUCCCAGAGCUCCAGAGCGAUGCCGAUGAGCAGCUUAUUAUAAACGUACCAUUCACCGGCCAAGUCAAGCUGCACACAAUCCUGAUACGCGCACCCCUUGACCAAACAGCACCGCGCCUACUCAAGGUAUUCUCAAACCGGGAAGACGUGGACUUCGAUGUAGCCUCGGAAAUGACUCCUACGCAGACGUUUGAGCUGUCGCAAUUCGACGGCGUGCAAGAAGUGGCUGUUCGUCGGGCUCUAUUCGGCAAUGUGCGCCGGCUAGCUCUGUUCGUCGAGGACAACUUUGGCGAGGAGACUACGCGAAUCUCUUAUCUGGCUUUCAAGGGGGAUUGGCUACCUAUCGGGCGUGCGCCCGUGAAUAUCCUGUACGAGGCCGCGGCGAGACCAAGCGAUCACAAGGUUAAGGGGACGGCGGCGUACAGGCGUCUUGAUUCUACGUUUAAUAGAGAAGGUUAA